CGCGGCGGGAAUCUCUGCCUUGUUUACAGUCCUACGAUGGCCGCCACACAGCCUAGCCUACACAAUUUCUACAAAGCUAGGAAAAGCGCCAGAGAAACCACGCUAAAGAAUGUGAAAGGUAGUGUGGUGAGAGAUGCUGACGUGGUGGAAAGUGUUAUUUCUGACGUGAAUGUGGAGAAAAAUGUGAACGAGACGGUUGUUCGGGUCGCCACCGCGACACGGCGUUCCACAAGGCCCGCUGCGAAAACCUCCUCCAGGAAGACGCAGGCGAAGAAGCCAGUCCAAGGCACCCAGGAUAUUCUAACGGCUCUCAGGAAGGUUUCUGAAAAAGCCGAGGCCAAAGCUUCCGAAAAGACUGAAGAGGCAAUCUCCGUCAAGAGCUUACAAAGAGUGAAUGUUACACCCCCUGUCACACCAAAAAGAAAGAAGGAUGAGGAGGAGGAGGAUACAAAGAGAAAAAGGAGAAAGCAGGACACUGGAGAGGGAGAACUUGACAGAACUCCAAGUGGCAUGGUUAAGGACUUGCCAGCUCCAUCAGCACCAAGAUCGGCAAAGAAGAAGCUUAUUAUGAGUUCUGAAACUGAGGGAACACAAGAGAAGAAAUUAACUCCAGCUGAAAUUAAGGAACGCUUGGGAAAGUGUGGCCGUCUAGACCAACUCCGUGCCAAGUUGUUGAAGGUUAACAAGUGUGAAGAAAAGCUCAAGCAGUUCAAAGAAACCACCAUUGCAGAAAGCCUACCACCUAUUGUGCCCCCAUCUCCUGCUAAAUCAAAGGAACAUCCCCAGCUUGCCAAAUUUUCUUCUAUUGAAGUUGAAGUCCCUGUAAGCCCAAGAAAGACACCAGUAAAAACGCCUUCAAAAACCCCAUUGAAGGCACCAGCACAUGAGCGAUUCCAGCAUUUGGUGGAGAAACCCUCGGAGGAGUUGGUAUUACCAUACAAAUACCGUUUCUUGAAGGACAUGUUUAGAGCAGUGGACACUGUUGUGUCUUUGCUUCACAACAGGCAUGAAGUUAUCACAUAUAGCAAGUUAAAGCCAGCUGUUCAAGAAAUGAUGAGAAGAGCAUUUGAAGAGCGUCAUCUUGGACAAAUAAAAACAGUUUUCCCUUUGGCAUACAUCUUCAAACAGGAACGUAGGAACAAAGCAAAGAAUGUUGCAUCAAAUGAUGUAUCAAAGGGGCCUUAUGAGUUGACAGUUACAUCGAACAUGGAUUACAAGGGUGUGUCUGCAUCACAGAAUCUAAUGAGCAAGUUUAAUUCUGCCCCUGCUGAGAAUUUCCCAAAAUUCAGGAAGAUGGACUCUGUAGUAUUGGUUGAAAGACGUAAUAUAUUCCACAACUCUCUAAUUGACUUCGUUAGGGAGCAUCAUGCAGAAUUCCUCAGGACUUUGGAGCCUCCUAUCUCAAGUGUUGGUGCCAUUAAACGAUGGCAUCCAGAGUUUGCCCUGGAGGACCUACCUGAUAUUGAGGAAACCUCAAUGCCACAGCCACCCACCAUGGAGAAGUUGGAAACAGCCAGAGAUGUCCUUGAUAAGGCACAAGAUCUCUUCUCACUUAACCACAGACUAGAGAAAGCAGUAACAGAGGCUGCUGAGAAAACUCCAGCACCAAUUGCAAAGACUGCACCUUCACUAUCUGCAGCACCAGUCAGUACAUGUUUAGCUUUAAAGGGUGUAUCAAGUUCACUCUUAGAGAAGAUUCGUGCAAGGGAAGCUCAAAAAGCUGCUCGGGAAAUGACCAGAAGCUGUGGUGAAAAUAAAGAACUUGAAAUGUUGUCUCGCCUACCUGAAAUUUCCAGAAUCAUUCGUAAUACUUUUGUAACCGAGAAGAAAGCUGCUUUACCUUGGGAAGUUGUAGCAGCUAAAGUUGCUGCCAGUUAUACUUCUAUGUUAGGAGGAAAUGAGGUGGACAGUCAUCUUGAGCUGCUCAUCAAGGAAAUACCUGGUUGGUGCACUGUUCACAACGUUCGCAGUGGCAGGUUCUUAAAGAUCAACAAGAAUGAGCAGUUGAGCAGUGUUGAAGAAAAGUUACAAGCAAUUAUUAAACAGAGAAAAUGAGAAUUUUAUAAUUACAGAGUUAUGUAUGGAUUAAAGUAUGAAUACUAAGGCUGUAAAGUUGAACUAGUUUCAUUCCUUAGUGAGAGGAAUGAUACCAGAAGGAUGUGAUUUUUGCCUUUUUGUAAUAUUACACUUCUAAUAGGCUUUGUUUAUGAAUGAGUGAUGAAUUAUUUUUGCAGAGUGGAUGUCAAAUUUCUGUUAACAAUUAUUGUGACUGAGUACUGCAUGUACCAAAGAGUUGUUAUCUAGUGUAUACUUAAUUUUUAAUCCUUAAUUUUUCAGCACAAUUUGGAAUUCCAUAUGAAUUAAGGAGCAUGUUUACACACACUGCCAUUAUUAAUACUGCCAGUGUAUUUCCCUUUGCAACAGAACAUUUAUAACAUAAUUACAGUUGUACUUUUUUGUUAAAUGCUAAUAUUCAUGUAUUUCAUAUAGUACUGUCACCAGAUGUCUUUUCAUGUUGCCCAUAUUUUUAUGCAGGCUUUCAGAACAAAUUUCCUGUUAUUUAAGGUGUAUAUUUUCAUAGAUUUUAUGAUUGAUUUAGGAUGUGUAAUAUUUUUCUUUUCCAUAAUACUUAUUACUGAAAUACAAAUCCUUUGUAGGAAGUAUGUUUCUUAGUAAAGAACAUUUUGUCCAAAAAAAUGAGGAACUAGGAACAAGUUCACAGUAGUCUAAUGUGGUCAUAAUGCAGAUAUAUAGCAAAAACAUCAUUACUAUAUUACUGAUAUUAAAAAAAAAUUAAUUUGACUGUGUCAAAUUGUAAUAACAUUAAAAUAGCAGAUAAUGUUAUUAGCUCAAGAUCCUUAGAUUUAGAAUUAUCAAUUUAUACAUUUAAUAUGUACUGUGAUUAGAUUUAAUUAUAAUAUGUACACAUGUUGGAAAUCAUGUUUGUAUGAUCUAUUCUGAAUGGCAUUGCAGAAUAUACAUUAUAAUAUACUUUGUUUUAAAGAAA